AUGGCGAGCCAGGAGCCCAUUCGCUUGGCGCGCGAGGCGCUCCGCGAGAAGAGCCACGAACAUGCGCUGCUGGACGUGGCGGGCAUCAUCGGCUUCUUCGCGACCAUCACGAUUGUGGUGGACUUCACGGGCCACAAAUCCGAGGAGUUUGCUCAGCUGCUCACCAGGAUGGCCAGUAUCAUUGAUCUGGGCCGCAGGGUGAGAAGCAGAGUUUUGGGCUAG